UACGAUCACCUGUAGGACAUGCAGGAUGGCACCGUCCCAGUUGGACAGACUCCGAAGCCAGUCAAAACGUGAGGCCAGAAACAUCCGAACGAGAUAAGAUAACAUACCGGUACCGACCCUUCUUUUAAAUCAGAAGAAGAAGAGAGGGAGAAACAAUGGCGCAAUCCCAAGGGCACAUCUGCCUGUGCCUCGGCCGAAUCCUGGCGCUUCGGCGGGACUCUCCGGUGGCCAUCGCCGGGCGCAACCGACGGACCGGCGGGGAGUUCGUCGACGGCGUCCUCAGUCUCGCCCGCGGCCUGAUGGAGUCCGGCGUCCGGAGGGGAGACGUCGUUGCCAUCGCCGCGUUGAACAGUGAUCGGUAUAUAGAGCUGCUCCUUGCGGUCACAUAUGUUGGAGGCAUUGCUGCUCCCCUCAAUUACCGCUGGACCCUUAAGGAAGCAAGAUCUGCAAUGGAGCUUGUAAGGCCUAUGAUGUUAGCAGUGGAUGAGAGCUGUAGCUCAUGGGCCCUAGAACUACAAAGCAGCAACACCUUGCCAUUUCUAAAGUUAUAUGUUCUUAUUGGGGACUCUCCUCCCAGCCUUCGUAGUAAUAGAAGUUUUUUUUUUAUGGAUUCCAUAAAAAGGCCUUCACAAGGCACACCAACAAGCAACGCUAUAUGGGCACCAAAGGAAGUUGCCCUUAUAUGCUUUACCUCAGGAACCACCAGACGGCCAAAGGGCGUGGCUAUAAGCCACACAGCUUUAAUUGUUCAAUCCCUUGCAAAAAUUGCAAUUGUUGGUUAUGGUGAGGAUGAUGUAUAUCUCCAUACAGCGCCUUUGUGCCAUAUUGGUGGGAUAUCUUCAUGCAUAGCCAUGCUAAUGGCUGGAGGUUGUCAUGUUUUGAUACCGAAGUUUGAUGCAAAAUCAUGUUUUCAAGCCAUUGAACAACUACAAGUGACAUCCUUUAUCAGUCCUGCAAUGAUAGCUGAUCUAAUUUCCUAUGGAAGGAAAGCAAAUGCAUGGAAUAGCAGUGACAGUGUAACCAAAAUUCUUAAUGGUGGUAGUGGCCUGUCUGAAGAGCUCAAGAAGGGAGCCAGAUGCUUAUUUCCUCGUGCUAAGAUUAUUUCGGCUUAUGGGAUGACAGAGGCAUGUUCUUCGCUUACCUUCUUGAGCCUUCAUGAUCCUUCACUUCAAAAAUCUGGGAAACUUUUUCCAGAUAAACAAAAAGUUGAGUUAGGCCUCCAUUGCCACCAACAGAAUGGUGUUUGUGUCGGGAAACCAGCCCCACAUGUUGAACUUCAAAUAAGCAGCAGUGGCAACAACAGUGGUGCUCUAUCAAUUGAGAUUUUAACAAGAGGUUUGCAUGUAAUGGUUGGGUACUUGGACCAGACACAGGUCAUGAUGUUGGAUUCAAUUGAGCAUGGGGCUGACACAGGUGACAUUGGCUGGAUUGAUUGCAACGGUAAUCUGUGGCUCAUCGGGCGAGAAAAUCGGAUCAAGAGUGGGGAAGAAAAUAUCUAUCCUGAAGAGGUAAAAGACCUUGGAAUCUUAAAAUGUACUUCCCAAGUGUUUGAUUUUUUAAGAUGCAUUAUAUAUAAUUAUUUCUCAUUUUAUUUGAAUAUUGUUAUUCAUUUAGAUGUCAUGUUAUUAAUGUUUAGAUAGAGGCACUCCUUUGCAACAUCCAGGAGUCUACAGUCUGUUUGGUUGGUAUUCUGAUUUUCGCCUACAGAGAAGGUAGUUGCUUGUGUUGCAUAAGGGACGAUUGGGAAUGGGUUGAUCAAAAGUCGAAAUGUUUUCUGACAAAAAACAAAUCUCAACUGAUAUCCUCCAUAACUACUGUAUCAAAGGAAAUUUAAGCAGAUUCAAGAUACCAAAGGCUUACAUACCAUGGAGGAAGCCAUUUCCAGUUACUAGCACAGGGAAACCAAAAAGAGAGGACAUACGAAAAGAAGUAAUGUCCGAUAUGCAACUUCAUAGCAACUUAUGACUUCAUGAGUCUCAAGCUAUCCAAACUGAAGCACCUGAUUCUGAUACCAACCCAUUGUUUCUUUCAGCACUAGAACUAUCUGGAGGCAUCAAAUGUGAGGAAAAUGCUUUGAGCUUUUCUUAGUUCAAGAUGGCUAAUAGAUCUUAAAUGUGUUAGUCUUGUUCUUCUUGAACUUGCAAGACCCCAGAAAAUUUAGUAGCAAAAUUGACAACAGCCUCCAAAAGGUCAACUAAUGCACAUGAUUCACACAAAUUUAGAUAGGCACGCCAUGUUAUUUAUUCGUACAGUUCCCUAAAAUAUGUGAAGACUUGAUAUUUCUGAAGAUGUCCUUAACAGCUUCACAGUCA